UCAGGUGUUUCUGUGCCUCUCGCGCGCUCAGCGCAGCAGCAGCAGCACUGGGACCGCUCCGCGCGCGCCGCUGCAGCUUUCUCUUUACUCUCCGCUUCCUCUUUUUCCUCGCGCUCUUUUAUUCGCCGCGCUCCGCUGCUGCACUUUAUUCCUCUUCCUCGAGCGGGACACACACUCUCUCACACACACACACAUACACACACACACACAGUCUCACACUCACUCACUCACACACACACCGCAAACAUGAUGUCCAUGAACAGUAAGCAGCCUCACUUCGCCAUGCACGCGAGCCUACCUGAGCACAAAUACACCACCUUACACUCGAGCUCGGAGGCCAUCAGGAGAGCGUGCCUGCAGACUCCACAGCUGCAGAGUAACAUCUUUGCCAGUCUGGAUGAGACGCUGCUGGCCCGUGCUGAGGCUCUGGCCGCUGUGGACAUCGCCGUUUCGCAGGGCAAGACGCAUGGCCCGUUUAAGCCGGACGCCACCUACCACACCAUGAACAGCGUGCCAUGCUCCUCUGCGUCCACGGUGCCGCUUGGGCACCAUCAUCAUCACCAUCACCAUCAUCACCCUCACCCGCAGAGCUUAGACCCGCCGGACCUGAUGGAACACAUUGGGUCACCAAGUCUUGCCCUGAUGCCCAGCGGGCAUGAAGGAGCAGGCAGCGGGGGAGGCGGCGGCGGUGGAGGUGGAGGUGGUGCCAGCCUGAUUUCCACUCCAGCUCAUCCGCACUCACACAUGCAUGGUUUGAGCCACCUUUCGCACCAGGCCGCCAUGGGCAUGACCUCGCCGCUCGGGCAUCACGGGCUUCUGCCUGGCCAUCACCCUGUGGGCGCAGCAGGCACAGGAGUGGGACACGGUGCCCCCGGAUUGCCCAGCGGCGGCCUGCCCACCAUCAGCGACUCAGACACGGACCCCAGAGAGCUGGAGGCCUUCGCUGAGAGAUUCAAACAGCGGCGGAUCAAGCUGGGGGUCACCCAGGCUGAUGUGGGCGGUGCCCUCGCCAACCUGAAGAUACCUGGUGUGGGGUCGCUAAGCCAGAGCACUAUCUGCAGGUUCGAAUCCCUCACCCUCUCCCACAACAACAUGAUCGCCCUCAAGCCCAUCCUGCAGGCCUGGCUGGAGGAGGCUGAAGGAGCACAGCGAGAAAAAAUGAGCAAACCUGAAAUUUUCAACGGCGGCGAGAAAAAACGCAAGAGGACCUCCAUAGCAGCCCCUGAGAAACGGUCACUGGAGGCGUAUUUUGCCGUCCAGCCUAGGCCGUCCUCAGAGAAAAUAGCAGCUAUUGCUGAAAAAUUGGACUUGAAAAAGAACGUGGUGAGGGUUUGGUUCUGCAACCAAAGACAGAAACAAAAGAGGCUGAAAUUUUCAGCUGCCCACUGAUGGACUGGACCUGGACCAUAUACACUUACAUGAACACCUAUAAAUGCACACUGGAUGAAGUGGAGCUUUGAACUGACUUGAUUCAAAUGUGAUUCAAGGAGUGGAAUACAGUGGCUGGUGUUUUAACCUUAACAGUAAGUAACCUGGCUGCCCUCACUGAACCUCUAAUAGUGAGUCAGAACAGAAAUCUGGCUGAUAUUCCUUUAACAUAUUAUUUCAAGUUCAAUAAAAUCUACAUUUUAAAGCCUGUAGGUUUAGUUAAAACACUCAGUCUGACACGAAGAGGUUUAUUACAUCUAACAAACCCAGCAGAACUGCUGCCUUGGCUGGUUGUUCGGUUCUGGCAGUCUUUGUGUUGUUGCUCUUUUAUUCUUAUGGAUUUAAUGCACACUUUCCAAUCAAGUCAGUUCAGUCCUUUUAAUUCAGUGUAAACACAAACAAACACACACACACACUGUUCCUUCCUGCCUGCCUGCCUGAGUUUGUUUGGGGACCAAAAGGACCAGCAGGACGUUUCGAACAGGACACUUUUUGUUCACGAGGACUUUCCUCCACGUCCCGUCGCGCUGGUGAAUGUGAUGUAUGCAAAUCCACCACAGGUAAAACUCACUGCAGGUGAUGAGAGGAGGAGAAAAAGACAACGACAAACAAACAAACACUAAACUGUCCUUCACAUCUCAGCAAUGCCUUUUACUCCAAACCCAACAGAACAGAUCCAGGAUUGGGUUUUAGAAGAUUUAUUUAAUUAUUUAUUUAUUUAUUUAUGUACCUAUUUGUUUCUUUUCCUCCCCAACAACGACUUCUUUCCCCCUUUGAAGUGAUGAAAUAGCCAUUGAAGGAUUACCUCAUGCUUUAAAACCCUCCUGUCCUGGUCUCCCUCCUCAUUAAUCGAUUUAUGGCAUCCGAUUGAUUCAUUUGUGUAUUUGUUUCGUCUGUAAUGGGGGUUUUAUUGAUCUGUCACACGCAGAUCCCAUCCAUCAGCGUCUGAACUCACCAAAUGUUCUCAUGCAGUGUUGUAGACGUUUUUAUCAGAGAGAGAGCGAGAGACGGAGACAGAGAGAGAGAGAGAGAGAGAGGAUGAAAAGGCAGCCACUCAUAUUUGAUUUGAAAUUGC